AGGUGUGUGUGAUGUGGCAGGAUUGAACCUCACACGAGGUCUAAAUUAUCUAAUUAACAAAAACAAAAGACAACACAUCGACUCACACCCAUGAAGGAGGAGAACAGGUGCAGCACAGCUAGCCUGCUAGCUCUCAGCCUCCUCAUCGAGCUAGCGUUACGUGUCGUACCGGACUAACGGCUCCAACUGACGCCGAGCUCCAUAACAACGUAUGUAGCCGUUAACGGCUGCCGUUAGACUAACCGACGACCGUCUGCCGCCGUUCAUACCGGGCUCAUCUUUCAGUUAGUAAAGAGUUGUUUUCGCUGACAUCCCCACCUCCACCUCCACCACCUACAAACAGUGAUGCUGUCAGGCAGUACUUCACUUCCUUCUGGGAGACAGUUACUACGUGACAGCUGCUAGUGUCUAGCUCAACUAUGCACCACUACCACAGCUCGCAGUCCAGACUGGACCAUCUCCCCUCUGAAGGUCCAGCUGAUCACGGUCACCUCAGGUCGCCCAGAUCAUCAUCUAACUCUACGAGCUGUCACAAGGAAUCCACGCAGUCAUGUGCAUCCACGAGCCGAGACUGGCACUGUCCAGUCUGCCUGCAGACCGUCAGCUUCCCAGUCCAGACCAACUGUGGCCAUUUGUUCUGUGCUCCCUGUCUGAUCACCUACUGGAGACACGGCUCCUGGUUGGAUGCAAUCAGCUGCCCUCUCUGCAGACAGAAGGUCAGUGUGCUGUGUAAUCUAUUCAACGAGAGUCGAUCAGACCGUCAGUCAAAGGAAUUUCUUGGGGAAAUCACAGACUACAACAAACGUUAUUCUGGAGCCCCACGAAGGGUAACAGACUACCUGUGCGACGCACCCCUUCUGCUGCAGUUACUGGCACGAGGCCUGGGCACCAUGGGAGGACUCGUGUGGCUGUUUUUCUUCAGGGUGGCCCUGUGCUGCGUGGGGACAGUGGUGUCCAUCUCCUACCCUCCUCUGGAGCCCGUCUCCUCGUCAGCAAAUCCCCUGGAAACAGACGCUUCCAUUUGUGGACUGCUGGGGGUUCUGGAUGACCUGGUGGUGGUCAUCCUGCUCCUUAUUUGCGUUAUCAACAUCAACCAGCAAAUGGCGGAAAAUGGUGGACAGUCUGCAAAUGAUAGUUGGAUUAGUGGAUACAAGAAUAUUGACAACAGCAGAGCACGUAACAGUGGAGAUGUUAGACGGCGCCUCAGCCUCUCAGACUGUGGACUCCAGCCUACGUAUCUAAAAUACAAUGUCAUGCAGUGUGCUGGAUAAGCUGUGGCCACAAAUCCUUACAAUCCUGAGGCAUGAAGUAUUUGUCUUGGAGCCCUUUAAUCCGUAUUAAACAAACCAAAUCUUUACUGUGCAUUGACUUAAAUGAAAUCACGUUGAUUUAAAAUGUUUAGCAUCUUACCCCCUGAAAACUGGCUACAAAAACUUAUUUUUUUCUCCUAACUGGGCAGCAAAGUUGUCAAAGCUGCCAUGUCAGUACUGUAAUAUAUUGACAUCUAUGU